GCUGCCAAUGGAAGUGCGCGGAUCUUCCAGCGCUUCUGGAGAGUUAUGGAUAAAAACUUUGCGCCGAGUGGCGAGGAAGGUUUCGAGUGAAGGAAGUUGGUAGCUUGUGAGAGUUGUUUUAGCAUUACCAUUCAGGGCGCUGGAAUAAAACCCCAAAGCCGGUUUCUCCGGUGAAAAGCGGUGCGGAUUGGAAAUCGGAGCUCUCCCUACCCCCCACCCCCUUCUCCCCACACCCCUCUUCGUUUCAUGUUCGACUCCGCUGUCGCUGUCGCCGCCGCCGCCAGCAACGAGCUGUAGCCAUGAGCGAAACGGAGACUCCGGGAACCCCAGCUGCUCCGGCGACCGCCGACGACCGACCGCCGCAGCCCGAGAAAAAAGUCAUUGCGACGCAGGUGCAGGGCACAGUGAAGUGGUUCAACGUGCGCAAUGGCUACGGAUUUAUUAACAGGAAUGACACCAAGGAGGACGUGUUUGUCCAUCAGACGGCGAUCAAGAAGAACAACCCUCGUAAGUAUCUGCGCAGCGUGGGCGACGGGGAGACGGUGGAGUUUGACGUAGUGCAGGGGGAGAAGGGUGCCGAAGCGGCCAAUGUGACCGGGCCGGGGGGCAUCGCAGUGAAGGGCAGCCGCUACGCCCCCAACCGUCGCCAGUUUCGGCGCCGCUUUUUCCCACGGGCCCCGCGGGCAGCUGCGGCCAAUCAGGUGGAAGGGGCCGGCCCCGCCCCAGCAGCUGGCCCCGCCUCCGAGGGGGAGGGGACGGGCGAUGACGCCGCCCAGCAGCCGCCGGGCCCCCCCCGCCGGAGGAGGCCUUUCUUUCGUCAGAGGUUCCCUCGGCGCCGGCCAGAUGCCCAGCAGGGGGUGGCGGCGGCGGAGGAAGGGGAGGUGCCAGAGGGAGACACGGCGGCACAGCAGAGGAUUCCACGGCGCAGGUUCAGGCCCCCCUUCCGGAGGCCGUUCCGCCCCCGCCAGCCCGCUGGAGGGCAGACGCCAGGGACAGAGGGGCAGCCGGAGGGCCAGGCGCCCGGCCAGCAGCCGGAGGGCCAGACGGGGGAGCAGACUGACGCGGCCCAGCCUGCCCAGGCCCAGAGACCGCGCCGGCAGUUCAGCCGCCGGAGGCAGAGGGCUGCCGACCAGACGGCGCCAAAGCAGGAGGUGGCGGAGAAACCCGCUGCUGAGCCUGGCUCCCCAGUCCAGACAGCCAAGGAGGUGGACGGCCAAUCAUCCCCCAAAGACACCCCCUCAUCGCCCAAAUCUCCGCCUCCGCUGCCACCAGAGUCUCAGGAUGACGAGCCUGCUGUGGAGACGCCCGCCCCUGAAGCGGACUCUACAGCCGUACCUGCGCCGGAGUGACGCCUCUGUAGACCCCAGGACGGUGUGCCCCUGGACAGUGGUCCAGGGUGGGGUGUCCUGCUCAUGGAGGCCCUCUCACACCUGCUGGGAGCACUACUGCACCCUCCCCUCCUCCCUCGUCCGACAGCA